ACGUCGACCAGCGAGCCUAGUCCGUCCCUGGUUGUCGACAACAAACGUCAGCCGUGACAACCGUUGGCGAACAAGCGAACCGGCCGCCGAACUGUGUGGAGAAAAAGAAAACUGGAGAAGGCGAAACGAGUGAAACGUGUUCGAUUCAGUUAGAAAGCUUUCUUAUAAAAAUCCGAAUUAAUUAUUCUAAAGUUGCUAGGUUGUUAUUUUUCUUUUAUUCCUAUUUGGUAAGCACUUAUACAGUGAAUUGAAUUUAGCUGAAAUUAAUUAAAAAUAUUACUAAAAAAUAGGAUCUACGUGCAAAUUGGAUAACCUAGAAAACCUUAACCUAAAUUUGUUGACUAGAACGUACAAGGACAGGUAAAAUUGAACAAUCUACUUAAACUAGCUUAAAACUAAUUAAAACGAUUAUAUACAAAGGUUCCUACGAACAGACUUCUUCUAAGUUGCCCGUAAAAGUGUUGCACGAUAGCGAAGAGCUACUACAGAAUUUUGUAAUUCUUUUUUCUUCGUGAAAUAUACAGUCUUCACAAAACUGAGGAGUUUAAAUUCUAUCGGCAACAAAUUUACAAAAUUCUGUAAAUAAAUUGGAAUGGCAAGUCAACCCAAAGGCUCCCAGUCACGACGUCCUGCCAGUGUGUCCGGUGGCUCAGCCAAUGUUGGUGGGCAUGUUGCGAUCGGCGUAAACCAUCCGAUGAUGUCAUUUCUUUCGGAGACGGCGAGCCAACAAGUAACCGCAGCCGAAAUGGUAAACACUGCAAAAGGAGCCAUCCCCAAGGUACAGCCGCGACGUUUCGCCAGUGCGCCAGGUAUGCUAACCGAUGUUGGCCGUCAGGUCGUAAAUCGCGGAAACCAUCCGGAGGAAUCAUUCCCUUCGGAGACGACGACCCACCAGGUAAACGCUACCGGAACGGUGAGAACCACAGCUGAAGCCAUUCCUAAAGUACAAAAGAAGGCAACUAAGAUUAGAAGUAAACGAAUAUCAGUCCCUGUCAGACGAAACCCCCCUCGCCGCGUUCGCUUAAAUCCAGUCAGCAGUUGCGGGCUAUGUAAUGAGCCUGAUAAUUUUGCCAUGGUACAGUGCGACGAAUGCGACUGGUGGUACCAUUUCGCGUGUGUCGAAGUGAGUCAGUCAGUGGAAAACAUAAGCUGGUCGUGCCCCGGGUGCGCAAGUGUAGUCGUGGUGAGGACCCCCCGAGCAGCAGCGAAAAGUGUGCCCGAGAUCCAGCAGCCCAACCAGAAUCAACAACAACAAAAUCCACCCCCCAACGUCACAGCAUCGGUGAAAUCGUACGGGAAAUCAAGUAGGCGAAGUGAGAAAAGGAGAAUCGAGCUGCAGCUACAAAAACUGGAAGAAGAACGUACUUGCCAGUUGAAGUACCUGGAGGAGAAGUACAGCCUGCUUCAGGAGCUGGAAAGCGAAACUUCAUCUCUAGUCAGCCAUCCGGAUUCGAUGUUGGAGAAUGCAACAAAGGUUCGGCAGUGGAUAGAGGAUACGGAGAAAUGUGGCGACGAUUCAGGCCUCGUCGACGUAGGACCGGAAAACGAACCAGUGCUGUGCAACUCGUCGAAGCCCCAAGCGCUCGAGAAUUCAAAUCAAGAGCAACCGGUCGAUGAUGGAUCCGAGAUCGCUUCAUUACUCCGCGAACUGCUAGCUGUAGAUCGCCGAGCACCACCGGCGUGUGCUGUCCCGGUGAUGAAUUCCAGUAAUGCGGUCUCGCGCCCGAUUUUGAAUAAAGGUUCUGGCGCAGAACGAGGAAUGUCGGCCCCUAGACGGAAUUCAGAGACGAUUGUUGAAAUGUUGAGGCAGUUUUCGGAAAGGAUCGUUCCACCGGCAGACCAGCGGAGUCGUCGUACUACUCCGUCAAAUUUCCCUGAAGAAACAAUUGCAAAUCAGCGGGAACCGGAAUGCCGUCCGAAUGUUCAACCCGGUGUAUGUGCGCAACAAGAGGAACGUAGGGAAACUGGAACCUUCACCGGCGGAUUAAAUUUCAUUCCCGGACAAGGAUCUACCCCGGUCGCUCCAGUCCUGCAGCAGCAGCCACCGAUGCCCCCCGUAGCCGGAACCUUCGCCGGCGGAUUAAAUUUUGUUUCUGGGCAAGGAUCUACUCCGGUUGCUCCAGUCUUACAGCCACGGCCAUCGAUACCUCCCGUAAUCGGAUUCGACGACGGAGAUACUACCCACCGGCUGAAUAGAAGUCAGCUGGCCGCUAGACAAGCCGUGUCCAAGGAUCUGCCGGACUUCAAUGGGAAUCCUGAAGAUUGGCCGCUUUUCUUUUCGAUCUUCAACUCGUCCUCCCAGCUAUGCGGAUUCUCGAAUGAAGAAAACAUGCUGAGAUUGCGGAAAUGCCUUAGAGGAAAAGCGCUAGAGGCAGUCAAGUGCCGCAUGCUCCAUCCAUCGAACGUACAGGGAGUUAUGGACACCCUUAAGAUGUUGUAUGGACGACCAGAAACGAUCAUUCAGGCUAUCGUCAGGAAGAUUCGGGCAUUACCGUCUCCUAACAUCGAAAGGUUGGAUACGGUGAUCCAAUUCGCCCUCAGUGUCGAGAAUCUGGUGGCGACGGUGGAAGCAUGCGAAAUUGGGGAUUUUAUCUACAACGCUUCCUUGAGAUACGAGUUAGUGGAACGAUUGCCGCCAACGCUGAAGCUAGACUGGGCAAGAAAUUCCCGAAAUACACUCAACCCAAAUCUCUUGGACUUCAGCUCGUGGCUCCGUUUUAUCGCCGAGGAUGCUAGCGCGGUUUCAAUUUCUGCUGGCAGUGAUAACCGUUUUAGAUCUUCGAAAAAGGAUGGGUUUUUGAAUCAUCACGCAGAAGAAGACCGUCAACAAUCGGAGAAACCGUCGGUCGCUCAAGGGAGCAACAAACCCUUUUCAAAAGACUUCGCCAAGGCAUGCCCCGGAUGUAAAGGAAGCUGUUCAUCAUUGGCGGAAUGCAAACGGUUCAAGGAGCUCAGCUACGAUUCCAGAUGGGCGGUAAUACGAGAAUUCAACGUUUGUCGGAAAUGCCUGCGCAAACAUUACGGUCCAUGCAAGCAGAAAAAAGCGUGUGGUGUCAAUGGCUGUACGUAUUUGCAUCACUCUCUUCUACACAGCGAAGCAAGGAAAUCGACGACCACAACAGCUACUCCUUCAACACCAACUCCUCAAGCUCCAGCAAAUACCAGCUGCAACGUACACCAAGGACAGUCCGAAAUCCUGUUCAGAUUCGUUCCAGUUCUUCUACAUGGUCCGGCAAAGUCGAUUCGAACCUACGCCUUUGUAGACGACGGUUCGGAACUCACACUGAUGGAACAGAGUCUGGCGGACGAACUUGGAGUGCAAGGACCCACAAAACCCCUCUGUCUUCGAUGGACCAGUGGUGCGAACAGAACGGAGAGCCUGUCACAGAAGGUGAACUUCCAGAUUUCAAGCAUCCUAAAUCCUUCAAAAAAGUUUCCGCUUCACGAAGUUCACACUGUUAGGAGUCUGCAGUUGCGACCACAGACGCUGCAAAUUCCUCAGCUGCAGGAGAAGUAUCGGCAUCUUGGAGGUUUGCCGGUGGAAUCUUACGAAGAAGUCAGCCCGCGACUCCUCAUCGGAUUGGAUCAUGCAAGUCUGGGAAAUGCGAUGAAAUCCCGCGAAGGCAAGCCAAACGAGCCCAUAGCCGUCAAAACUCGUUUGGGAUGGAUGAUUUACGGGUGCUGUUGCAAAACGAACGACGAUGUCAGCCAUGUCAAUCAUCACAGCGUUCAGCUAUGCCAGUGCGAGACCGAUACGGACCAGGAGUUGCACGAAGCCAUGAAAAAGUACUUCUCUCUGGAGAGCCUCGGAAUCAGCAAACCGGAAAAACUGCUCCUGUCUAAAGACGAUCAACGAGCCAACGAACUCCUGGCAACGCUGACGACACGCAAGAAUGGCCGUUAUGAAUCCGGUCUUCUGUGGCGUUAUGACAACGUGCGGCUUCCGGACAGUAGAGCGAUGGCAUUACGGCGAUGGGAAUGUUUGUAUCGACGGAUGCAGAAGGAUAAAAACCUUGCGCAAGCAAUGAAUGCGAAAAUGCAAGAGUACCUGACCAAAGGAUACAUACGGAAGUUAACGAAGGAAGAGCUAGAGAUGUCCAAUAACCGAGUCUGGUAUCUUCCGAUAUUUCCGGUAGUCAACCCUAACAAGCCCAAAAAGAUACGGGUUGUGUGGGACGCAGCUGCAAGCUGUUAUGGAGUAUCCCUUAAUUCCGUUCUGCUCAAAGGACCCGACCUGCUGGCUUCUCUUCUUUCAGUUCUGGUGCGAUUUCGGGAGUUCCGCGUAGCUGUUUCCGGUGACCUCAGGGAAAUGUACCACCAAGUCCUGAUGAGACUUCAGGACCAGCACUGCCUACGGUUCUUUUGGAAGGAGAAUCCAGAUGACGCUACACCCAGCGUAUACGUGCUGCAAGUAAUGUCCUUUGGGGCGUGCUGCUCUCCAAGUACCGCCCAAUACGUCAAGAACACCCACGCAAAGCAGUUCGAGCAGGAAUAUCCGAAUGCGGUCGACGCUAUCAUUCACCAGCAUUACGUGGACGAUAUGCUCAUCAGUGCCGAAACGGAGGAGGAAGCAAUCCUGCUAGCUACGGACGUGAAGAAGAUCCACGAGUCCGGUGGAUUUGAGAUGCGGAACUGGAUAUCAAACUCACCGGCGGUAGUUGCUGCGCUUGACGGAGAAGGGACCAACGAGAAGAAUCUGAGCAUAGGGGAAGCGGAGACCACCGGAAAAGUGCUCGGAAUGUGGUGGGAUACGAAAGCCGACUACUUCACAUACAAGGUAUCCGCCCGCCAUGACGCUGAGUUAUUGGCUGGUAAUAGACGACCGACGAAGCGUGAAGUGCUUCGGACCCUGAUGAUGGUGUUCGACCCACUCGGGUUGAUCAGCCACUUCCUCAUGUUCCUUCGAAGCCUUCUGCAGGAGAUUUGGAGAGCGUCCGUCGACUGGGAUGAGGAGAUUCACGACUGUCACUUCGAAAAAUGGCUGACCUGGUUGCGGAUUCUCCCUCAAGUUUCGAACGUGAAAAUUCCUCGCUGCUAUCGCAUCGCAACUUCUGCGGGAGAGAACACCGUCGUACAAAUGCACACUUUCGUGGACGCAAGCGAGAAUGGAUUUGCGGCCGUCGUCUAUCUGCGAUUCCAAGAAGGAAGUACCGUGGAGUGUUCGCUAGCUGGAGCAAAAACCAGGGUCGCUCCGCUAAAAUUUCUAUCUAUUCCGCGAUCUGAGCUGCAGACGGCCGUCAUUGGAGUCAGACUGGCGGAUUCCAUUCUGGCAUCUCUUUCGAUAAAGGUUCAAAGGCGCUACUUCUGGACCGAUGCGAGGGACGUGAUGUGCUGGUUGCAUUCGGAUCACCGGCGCUACAGCCAGUUUGUAGGAGUUCGAAUCAGCGAGAUACUGGAGUCGACGGAGAUAAAAGAAUGGCGGUGGGUUCCCACAAAGUUGAACGUGGCGGAUGAUGGGACCAAGUGGAAGGGAUGUCCUGACUUGAGUGCAUCCAGCAGAUGGUUUUGCGGACCUGAUUUUCUUCGAAACCCCGAGGAAGACUGGCCUACGACCUCGCAGAUUGUGAAGGCGACCGAUACGGAGCUUCGUCCGCAUCUACAUCUCCAUUUCAAGGCUUUCGACCCGAUCAUCGAUGCUAGCCGGUUCAGCAAAUGGACAGUCCUUUUGAAAACUACUGCGUAUGUGUUCAGAGCCAUCAAAAAUAUGCAACGGUCCUUCCGAAACUCUCCGAAGGCGCACAGACCUUUCUCCCGUGAUGAGUUCAUCAUGGCCGAGAGCUAUCUCUACCAGGUGGCCCAAAGGAGCACGUAUAUGGAGGAAAUCGCCAUCCUGUCUACGAAGCUCCAAAAACCGUGUGAAAAACCGAUUCCCAAAAGCAGCUCCCUCUACCGCCUCUGUCCGAUCAUGGAUGAAAAGGGGAUUCUACGGAUUCGCGGACGAACCAACGCUUGCCAGUUCAUCGAUAGCAGCAUCGCCAAUCCCGUCAUUCUGCCACGAGACCACCAUAUUACUCGGCUUAUCGUACUGGACGUCCAUCAACGCUUCCUGCAUCAGAACCACGAAACCAUCGUAAAUGAGCUGAAACAACGCUUCUACAUUCCUCACCUCAAGGCAGUCUACAAGUUGGUCCGCAAUAGCUGUCAAACCUGCAAGAACGAAGGAGCUCGACCACAAGCACCGCUGAUGAGCGAUCUGCCGCCUGCUCGUCUAGCGGCCUACAGUCGACCUUUCAGCCACAUGGGGGUGGAUUAUUUCGGCCCAAUGACGGUAUCCAUAGGCCGCCGAACGGAGAAACGCUGGGGAGUCUUAGUCACUUGCCUGACCGUACGGGCAAUCCACCUGGAAGUCGCGCACUCACUGACAACUGAUUCGUGUAUCAUGGCUCUGCGCAACGUCAUGGGCAGGAGGGGAGUACCAGUCGCCAUAUACAGCGACCAUGGUACGAAUUUCGUAGGGGCCAAGAAGGAGCUACAGGCCGCACUCGAACAAUUGGACCACGAUAGGAUCGUAGCGGAAUUUACUUCAUCUCAAACCACCUGGCACUUCAUCCCUCCUAUGUCCCCUCACAUGGGAGGAGCUUGGGAGAGGCUGAUUCGGACGGUCAAACAGAACCUGGAGAAGCUGCUUCCGAGUCGUCUGCCAUCCGACGAAACGCUGCGGAGUAUGCUCAUUGAGGUGGAAAGUAUCGUCAACUCGAGACCCCUGACGGAAAUACCUCUUGGCGACGAUCAAUCUCCUGUGCUGACACCUAACCAUUUCAUCAUGGGGUCGUCGAAUGGAAUGCUGCCGUGGACCUGCUUCGAUGACAACCCCACCCGAUUGCGGCAGAACUGGCGGAUGUCACAAAGCCUAGCGGAUCAAUUUUGGAAGCAAUGGCUGCAUGACUACCUCCCUUCACUGACUCGUCGAGCGAAGUGGUUCACUGAAGCGAAGCCGAUCAAGGUCAACGACAUCGUGAUCAUUGUUGACGCACGGUUUCCUCGCAACUGCUGGCCCAAGGGGCGAGUGAUCGCCACUAAUGUAGCACCAGAUGGGCAAGUCAGGUGGGCUACAGUGCAGACCGCUAAAGGUAUAUACGAGCGACCAUCCGUCAAACUCGCGGUGCUCGACGUCGGCGUAGGAGGAAAUGCAACUCAGAUGGAUCUUCGGUGCAUUGAAGGGGGGAGUGUUGCGCGCGCCACGUCGACCAGCGAGCCUAGUCCGUCCCUGGUUGUCGACAACAAACGUCAGCCGUGA